CACGCUUCGCCUGCAUCAAGACAUCUCUUCGCCUCUCAAAGUUCUCCAAACAGACUCGCAAACUUUUACACCUCUGACUGGACUUUCCAAAACCCAGCCAGCGCCCCUCAUCCACACACACACACACACACACACACCACAAAAUCAGUGAAAAACAAAAUGAAGAACACCGUCGUCUUCUCCACCGUCGCGGCCAUGCUGCUGCCAGCGCUCGUCGCCGGCGCUGCCCUCGGCGCCCGCGGCGAGGGCGCCGAGCCCGCCUACGUCUGGGCUUCUCAGUCUGGCAAGCGUGACGCUGCCACCGAGGAGGCGGAGCCCGCCUACGUCUGGGCAUCUGGAAAGCGUGAACCCGCCAGCGAGGAGGCUGAACCCGCCUACGUCUGGGCAUCGGGGAAGCGUGAAUCAGCUACCGAGGAGGCCGAGCCCGCCUACGUCUGGGCGUCGGGGAAGCGUGAACCCGCCAGCGAGGAGGCUGAACCCGCAUACGUCUGGGCAUCGGGGAAGCGUGAAUCAGCUACCGAGGAGGCCGAGCCCGCCUACGUCUGGGCAUCUGGAAAGCGUGGCGCGGCCAGCGAGGAGGCUGAGCCAGCUUAUGUCUGGGCUUCUCAGUCUGGCCGCCGUGCCGAGUCUGAGGAGUAGAUUGUGUAGAUCCAGGCAACUCAUCUACGAUCGGAUCAGUCGGCAGGGAUAGGACUUUGAAAAUGGUCGGCCUGGCCCAUGACUUGGGCUAGAGUGCGAACAGGUUCCCAUGACAGACAAUUGAAGAUGAUGAGAUGGACGACCUA